AUGUCGGCCAAAGGUGCGGGAGGUCGCAAGAAGACCAGCAGCGGCAAGAAAGUGUCACGCUCUGCCAAAGCUGGUUUGCAGUUUCCCGUGUCCCGUAUUGGAAGGUACCUGAAGAAGGGACGGUUCGCGAAACGCGUUGGAGUGGGCGCUCCCGUGUACCUGGCUGCGGUGUUGGAGUACCUCUGCGCUGAAAUUCUGGAGUUGGCGGGCAACGCCGCACGUGACCACAAGAAGACCCGUAUCAUUCCCCGACACAUUCAACUCGCUGUGCGCAAUGAUGAGGAACUGAGCAAGUUCCUCGGCGGUGUGACCAUCGCAAGUGGAGGAGUGAUGCCCCAUGUGCACGCGGUUCUGCUCCCUAAGCACGGCAAGUCAAAGGGGAAACACGGUGUGUCUCAGGAGUUCUAA